GGAGGAUGUCGGUGGGCCGGGAGCACCGGGGCCGAGGGUUGGCCCAGGCGCUGUGCCGGGAGGUGCUGGCCUUCGCCCGCGCCCGCGGUUACGGCGCCGUGGUGCUCAGCACCUCCGUGGUGCAGGUGGCGGCGCAGCGGCUCUACGAGGGCGUGGGGUUCCGUAGGGUGGGCGCUUCCUACCCCUCGCUGCUGGGCACCUUGCUGAACUUCCAGGUCCUGCGCUACCGCCACGAUUUGGGGGACGGCGCCAAGUAGGGCCCGAGCGGCGCCUGGAACGGGCGGUGCCGCCCCGGGAGGAACCCCAAAACUGGCACAGGAGGUGUUGUCCUGGAUGAAACCCCAAAACUGGCACAGAAGGUGUUGUCCUGGAUGAAACCCCAAAACUGGCACAGAAGGUGUUGUCCUGGAUGAAACCCCAAACCUGGCACAGGAGGUGUUGUCCUGGAUGAAACCCCAAAACUGGCACACGAGGUGUUAUUCUGUGAGAAACUCCAAACCUGACACACAAGGUGUUGCCCUGGGAGAAACCCCAAACCUGUUGCUCCAGGACAAACCCCAAAUCUGUUGUCCUGGGACAAACCCCAAACCUGGCACAGGAGGCGUUGUCCUGGGAGAAACCCCAAACCUGUUGCUCCAGGACAAACCCCAAAUCUGUUGUCCUGGGACAAACCCCAAACCUGGCACAGGAGGUGUUGCUCCGGGACAAACCCCAAACGUGGCACACGAGGUGUUAUUCUGUGAGAAACUCCAAACCUGGCACAUACGGUGCUGCCCAAGAGAAACUCCAAACCUGGUACACGAGGUGUUGCUCCGGGACAAGCCCCAAACCUGGCACACAAGGUGUUGUUCCAGGAGAAACCCCAAACCUGUUGUCCCGGGACAAACCCCAAACCUGGCACACGAGGUGUUGUCCCGGGACAAACCCCAAACCUGGCACAGGAGGCGUUUCCCCAGCCCCGUGAGGCCGGGACUUGAGGCGCUGCCGUGGCCCCAAAACCCAGCCCCGGGCGCCAGGCAUCACCCCAGCCUCAAACACAGAAAUUAACAACUAGGAAUGGCCUAUAAAGAAAUGCUUUGAGUAGAAAAGGGGCUACAAAACUCGUGUGAAGAGCUGAGUGCUCCCGUAAGGGCAGGAGGAGAAUAAAGACUGAAGAUAAGGAGUGAAAUGAAAUAUGUAAAUUGGGCGCAGGAUGAGGGGGUUCCUUCGAUUCUUUGUGGAUUCUUUGGAUUCCUACUAAUUUUAAUAGGAAACAGGGACAAGCAGGGUUAGCAAAUGAAUAUGUAUUAGGCAUAUGGUGUAACCCUAGUCUGUAGAGAAUAAAAAAAGGGAGAAAGGAGUCUCCGAGGUGUGCGUGCCUCAGGAGGAAUGAUCCCUCAGCGCUGAAUAAAUUCAUACCUGCUCUCAUAA